CAGAGUUAGGAGCCAGUGAGUCUCCGUCAGGCUUCGCUUGCUGGUUUACUGCGGCCCCGGACCCAGCGUUAGCGCGGACUGGGCGGACAGGGCAGAGCCAGAGUUGGUUAGUCUGGGAGGUGAAGGGCGCGGGGCCCGGCACGGCGGCGGGAGCGUGCGGCAGGGGUCUGCCAGACGGGCCGCGGACACCUCGGAGCGACUCACUCUCCAGCCGCCCGCAGGCGCAAUGAAGGCACUGAUUUUGGUGGGCGGCUAUGGGACACGCCUGCGGCCGCUGACGCUAAGCAUCCCGAAGCCGCUGGUGGACUUCUGCAAUAAGCCCAUCUUGCUGCAUCAAGUGGAGGCGCUGGCCGCGGCCGGCGUGGACCACGUGAUUCUGGCUGUGAGCUAUAUGUCUCAGCUGUUGGAGAAGGAAAUGAAGGCGCAGGAGCAAAGGCUAGGAAUCCGAAUCUCCAUGUCCCAUGAAGAGGAACCUUUGGGGACAGCUGGGCCCCUGGCACUGGCCCGUGACUUGCUCUCUGAGACUGCAGACCCUUUUUUCGUCCUCAAUAGUGACGUGAUCUGCGAUUUCCCCUUCCAAGCUAUGGUGCACUUCCACCGACACCAUGGCCAGGAGGGCUCCAUCCUGGUGACCAAAGUGGAGGAACCCUCUAAGUAUGGCGUGGUGGUGUGUGAGGCAGACACAGGCCGCAUUCACCGGUUCGUGGAGAAGCCGCAGGUGUUUGUGUCCAACAAGAUCAACGCAGGCAUGUACAUCCUGAGCCCUGCAGUGCUACAGCGCAUCCAGCUGCAGCCCACAUCCAUUGAGAAGGAGAUCUUCCCUGUCAUGGCCAAGGAGGGGCAGCUCUAUGCCAUGGAGUUGCAGGGCUUCUGGAUGGACAUUGGGCAGCCCAAGGACUUCCUCACUGGCAUGUGCCUCUUCCUACAGUCGCUGCGACAGAAGCAGCCUGAGCAGCUGUGCUCAGGCCCUGGCAUUGUGGGCAACGUGCUGGUGGACCCAAGUGCGCGUAUUGGUGAGAACUGCAGCAUUGGUCCCAACGUGAGUCUGGGUCCUGGUGUGGUGGUGGAGGAUGGUGUGUGCAUCCGGCGGUGCACGGUGCUGCGAGACGCCCACAUCCGGUCCCACUCCUGGCUUGAGUCCUGCAUUGUAGGCUGGCGCUGCCGUGUGGGACAGUGGGUAAGCCUCUGGGCUGGGCCAGAUGGGAGGGUGGGGAGUCCCUCUGCCUCGCUGACAAGCCUGCCCCGUCCCCCCAAGGUGCGCAUGGAGAAUGUGACAGUGCUGGGCGAGGACGUCAUAGUUAACGACGAGCUUUACCUCAACGGGGCCAGCGUUCUGCCCCACAAGUCUAUUGGUGAGUCGGUGCCGGAGCCCCGCAUCAUCAUGUGAGGGCAUGCUGCAGGGCUGGCUGAGCCCCCGUUUCCCCACUGGCAAGGGGAGCACUGGCUCAACACAUCAGAAGGCCCUGGACUCGUUGCCAUUUGACUGGGGAGGACAGGACAAGGCUGAAGCUGUUUGGAUACCUGCCUUCUCCCGUGGACAUGAUCCGGCAAGAUCCUUGCUGGGCAAACCCCACAAAGCCCAUUCCCUCAAGAA